AUGAAGACCUUCCUGCUCCCUCUUGCCAUCCUGGCCUCGUCGGCCGUGGCCCAGACUACCAGCACCUGCGCUGCCGAUUACAUUGUCGAGACCUGUCUCAGCACUGAGAAGGCAAAGCUCGAGAACUGCGGAACCGAGGACUACGAGUGCCGGUGUGCCUCUUGGGAAUCCAUCCUCACCUGCUACAACAACUGCCCCGACGACGACCGCCAGCGUAAGGACGCCGGCCAGCGUGAUAUUUUCUGCGGUUACGCCAGCCAAUUCAAGUCCAGCACGUCCGCCCCGUCGGCGAGCAAGACGGCGUCGACACCGGCGAAAGCCACCGAUGACCAGAACCCGACUAGCACUGGCUCUGAGAGCAGCACCGCGACUUCCACUGGCAGCAGUCCCACCAACACCAACAGCGGCGCCGAUCUCGCCCUCAACGCCGGCGGCGUCCUUGCCGCCGUUGCUGGUGUGGUUGCCGUUGUCCUCUAA